AGGCGCCGCCCCCUGUUCUGUUUACUUGUUGCCUCAGGAGACGCACGGGUUCCCCUGGCUCGGUGCGCGGCGCCACUCCUGCUUCUCGGGUCCCAGCAGCAUCUCCGGGUACCAGCCAACAUGAGCCACGGCAGCUCCUCGGGCUCCGGGAGCCUGGAGCGCCCCCGCGACGCCUCACCGCCCGAGGAAACUGCCAGUCAUCCCAUGGACUUCCCAGUCACCCGGGAACAGCUGAACCAUUACCGGAAUGUGGCUGAAAAUGUUCAAAGUGAACUUGCAGCAACUUUGGUCAAAUUUGAAUGUGCUCAGUCUGAGCUUCGAGACCUCCGCUCCAAGCUUCUCUCUAAAGAAGUGUGCUGCCAAGAGCUGAAGGCUGAAGUGGAGGGCUACAAAGAAAACACUGCCAGGAAGUCAUCUCUCCUUGUCUCUCUGAGGGGCAGAGUACAGGAACUCCAAGAGGAAUCGGCAGCACUUUCUGCUUCGAAAAUCAGAACAGAGACCUCUGCUCACACCACGAUGAAGGAGAACCAGGAACUAAUGAAGAAAGUCCUGGAACUGGAUGAGAAAUUGCGGAACUGCUUAAAGGAAAAUGAGGAGUCUAAGAAACUAGGCUUAGAGAAUCUCCGGAGACAUGAGGAAUUUCGGACUGAGCUUUGUGACUGCUGGAGUCUAGACAAGAAGCACGAGGGAGCAUCUGAUGAAGAUUUGAUUUUAAAGCUUAGAGAGCUGUGCAAAGAAUACACAUUCCUGAAAGGACAAAUCAUGACUCUUGAAGAGACUAUAAAUGUCCAUGAGAUGGAGGCAAAAGCUAACAGAGAAACGAUCUCAAGGCUGGCGGCGGAAGUCAGCAGGGAGCAGAAAAGAGCUGCCUCCUGGGCCAUGGAGAAAGACAAGCUGAAUCAGGACUUGCUCAGUGCAUUGGACGCAAGAGCGGCCCUGGAAAGGGAAGCCAAGCUCUUCCAAGAGAGGCUGCUUGCUGUGCAGCGGGCCUGGGAUGCUUCAAAGCAAGAGCUGAACCAGCUGAGGGAAAACUGCCAGCAUCUGGACCUCAGCUUGAAGACCAGCAGGGAUGCAGCAGCAGCCUCGCAAAGCCAGAACUCCUCCUUCAGGGAGAAACUCGCCGUGCUCCUUUGCAGCGGACUGGAUAAGGCUGGGUCCACAGAGGACGCCAUAUUGGAGAGGAUUCGAGAGCUAGGCAUCCAGGAAGAGAGCAAGUCCAGGAUGGUCUCCCAGCUUGAAGCCCAGGUAUCAGAGCUUGUUGAACAGUUGGGAAAUGAAGCUGAGCUUCACCGGAAAGCCCUACAGAGAGCCCACGAGGCAGAAAGCAAGUUGGAGGCUCUUCAGGGUCAGCUGAGUCACCUGGAGGGAGAACUGCUUUCUGGAGACGUCUUGAGAGACAACUUGAAUCUCGAGAAACAGAAAUAUCUGCAGUUUCUGGAUCAGCUUUCAGAGAAAAUGAAACUGGGCCAGAUUGCUGCUGACCUUGGCUUUGACAUGCGUCUGGACGUAGUUUUAGCUCGCACAGAGCAGCUCGUCCGCCUAGAAAGCAAUGCUGUCAUUGAAAACAAGACCAUCGCUCACAACUUACAGAGAAAGCUAAAGACCCAGAAAGAAAGACUGGAGAGCAAAGACGUGCAUAUGAACCUCCUUCGGCAGAAAAUUGCCCAGCUGCAGCAGGAGACGCAGGCACGCACAGCCCUGGCUGUGGAGAGGGAUGAGGCCCAUCUUGCUGUCAGGAAGCUGGAGAAGAAGGUGGAGAGGAUGCAGAAGGAGCUGAGCGCCUGUCGGGAAUACAACACUGAGCUGAAAGCCAAGCUGGCUGACACCAAUGAACUCAAGAUUAAAACUUUGGAACAGACCAAAGCCAUUGAAGACUUAAGUCAAUCCCGAGACAAGUUGGAGAAACUGAAGGAGAAAGCGGAGAAAAAGCUCACAUUGCUCAAGUCCGAACUGGAAAAUGUAGAGGAUGAGGCUAGAGCAGACAAGGGAAGGGCCAUGGCCUUGACAGAGUUGUUCACUGGUGAACUGAAGACCCUGAAGAAGUCUCUGGAAGAAUCGGAGAGGAGAGAACAGCAGCUACUGGACUUCAGGGAGGUGGUUUCCCAGAUUCUGGGCUUAAACUUAACCUCUCUCACACAUCCUGACAAUGAGAUCAUCAAAUGCCUGGAAAGACUGGUCCAUACACACCACCAUCACUUUGUUACCUGUGCCUGCCUCAAAGACGCGACUACUGAGCACAACAGUUGCUCUCAGUGCCAAUUAGAACUCCUGCAUUGACCACCUGCCUCCUGG